AUGUCCGCAAUCCUCUCAGCCGACGAUCUGAACGACUUCAUCUCUCCUGGUGUGGCUUGCAUCAAGCCCGUCGAAACCUUGCCUGCCCCGCCCCCACCAACGGACGAACCCCUCGAACAUGAGGUGAUACUCGAUGGCGGCGCUGGCAGUCAGCAGGCCCCUGCCAAUGCGAAUGCGCCAGCGCAAAUAUCCCUCACAGAUUGUCUCGCGUGUUCGGGUUGCGUGACAUCAGCAGAGGCGGUAUUGGUCAGUCUACAGAGCCACAGUGAAGUCUUGAGCCUUCUCGACGCCGCGCCCGGACUGCAAGUACGACAAGAUGCGAACGGUAGCUGGACCGUUGAUGGUCUCGAGAACCCCGAUGCCAAGUUGUUUGUUGCCAGCGUCAGUCCACAGUCGAGGGCCAGUCUAGCUGCGGCGGUAGGAGGCCGAUUGGGUGAACAAGCAGCCGGCAACAUGAUUGCACAACUCCUGGGCGGAGACUCCGGUCUAAGAGCGGGAGGGAAAUAUAACAAUGGGUUUACCUGGGUAGUGGACACAAACACUGCACGAGAAGCCUGCCUGGUCCUCGGCGCAGAAGAGGUGCUUGGCGACGCAGUGGGUAACGGUAAGGCUAUCAAGCCCAUCAUCACAGCGAGCUGCCCCGGCUGGGUAUGUUAUGCCGAGAAGACACACCCUCACGUAUUGCCGCACUUGUCCAGGGUCAAGUCGCCUCAAGCGCUCAUGGGUACGUUGCUCAAGACAACUCUGAGCCGCCUUCUUGGCAUCUCCCCAGAUCGGAUAUGGCAUUUGGCAGUAAUGCCUUGCUUCGACAAGAAGCUAGAGGCAAGCCGAGAGGAAUUGACCGAUGCCGUAUGGGCAGGUGACGGAAAGCCCGGAAGGGGUGUACGAGAUGUGGAUUGCGUCAUCACCAGCAAAGAGAUCCUCAUGCUAACCGAGUCGAGAGCCAUGAACUUCUUUGACCUGUCUCAAGGGCCGCUCUCGCCAUCUCACGUUUCCUCUUUCCCCGAUCUGGCUGUUCAAAAGUUCUUGUUUCCGCUACGGAGGAAGCAACAACGUGAACCCGCAGCUGGGACCUCUGGCGGUAACUUAUACUACGCUCUUCAGUACGUUUCGGCUCAGCAUCCCGGCUCAAGGAUAGAAACAAUUCGAGGCAGAAAUGCAGACGUCGUCGAAUAUAGCGUCGUUUCGUCAGAGGGCAGGUCAAUAUUCAAAGCUGCCAGAUUCUACGGCUUCCGUAACAUACAAAAUCUCGUCCGCAAGUUGAAGCCGGCGCGGCCAUCACGCAUGCCAGGGGGUAAACCUCUUGGUGGCUCCCGUAAGCUGGAGUACCAGUAUGUUGAGGUGAUGGCGUGUCCUGGUGGAUGCACCAAUGGUGGUGGACAAGUCAAAGUCGACGAUGCCGUUGUGGUCGAGAGAAAGGGCAUCGGAGCGAAACCCGGUCCUCAGGAACAGAAAGAUUGGUUGGCUGAGGUUGAUGAGGCCUAUUUUUCGGCCGAGGAAUCGGAGUUUGAGCCUGAUGGUGGUGAUUUGGCAGAUGACACUGUUGGCGGUAUUUCUCUAUCAUACAUUCGAGAUACCCUAACGCAUUGGUCUAGCAUAACUGGUAUAGACAUAGAUAGAUUGGCGAUGACGACCUAUCGGGAGGUCAUCAGUGACGUUGGGAAGAAUAAGCCUAGUGACACAGAGAGGGUAGUUCAACUGGCAGGAAAGAUAGGAGGCGGUUGGUGA